UCUUCCAGCUGAUCAUUACUUAUUAUAAAUCAACUAUUAUUUAUUACAGUUUACUUUUUUCCGUGUGUAUAUAUCAAAAGGCGAGUCUUAAAAAGUAGGUCGAAAGGGCUCUACUACACAUCUUAAACUCACAAUUAAAUAAAACAAAAAAAAAGUGUAAAGAUAUGAAGAUAAGCGUACGUUAUCACAGGAUAGUGUGAUAUCAUUAGUUAUCAUCCAUGAGUGUACCUGUUGGUUCAGUUUAGUAUAACCGAUUCUUCGCCUCGGACCAUUUUUAAAAUAAAAUUAUAAAUAGUGAUUAAUAAUGCAGAAAAAAAUAAUAUUGUUAGUAAUAGUAUUAAAUACAAGUUUCAAUUUAAAAUAUGUAAACACUGCCAAUGAAAGCGAUUUAAGAUCAUUGGAAGUUAAUUCUGAUUGGAUUGGUAAUGUCGAUUUAUUUCCUUAUGAAAAAUUGAAUGAGAAUAAAAAUGCUGAAGCAAGAUCAGAGUUAUUAGAUCUUGAACCAGAAAUUGAAGAUGAUGCAAAAACAGAAAUAAAUUCCGCCAGUGUAGAUAAAAAAAAUGAUUUUGAUAUCUUGGUGAUGAAAGACUUAAACGGGACGGAUAAAGUUGAAAAAUAUGUCAAUUAUGAUUCGGACGAUCCGGAAGCGAACAGAUAUGCGCCGUCUCCAGAAUUUUCAAUAAAUAAUUAUGUUAUGACCGAAGCUAGAUGGAAAAAAAUAAGAUCUGAAUUUAUGUAUUGGUAUUUUGACAAAGGCGGAGAUAAUAAUAAUGGUGAUCUUCAGACCGAUAUAUAUUCUUCAACGCAAAUUCAUAAAAACUUCAAUUUUCAAUUACCAUUUUAUGGAUUUCGCUAUAAUUAUACUUUUCUUUCAAUGAAUGGGUAUUUGGGGUUCAGUGAUGCACCAGAGCACUACACUUAUCCCUUGAAUUUUCCAAUAAAGGACUGGCCGAAGAAAAAUGAUCCGGCGUUUAUCGGGAUUUUUUUCAGUAAAUGCCGGAUUGGAACGCUACGACCUACUGAUUAUGAUCAACGAAGACCCGGUGUUUACUUUAGACAAGAAAGAGAUUUACAAAAGCGUACAGACCAAUUCGGUGUAGAGUUACGUGAACGAGUAAAAUGGGAUAUCCGGGAGGGUGUUGUGGGUUCAGACUCGUUUGAUCCAAAACAUGCAGUGAUCGUAACAUGGAAAAACAUGUCUUUUGCCGGCGGUAUUGAUAACUCUCUCUACAAAACCAAUACGUUUCAAUUAGUACUAGCCACUGAUGAAGUUUACACAUACGCUAUGUUUAACUACUUGGAUUUGUCCUGGACGACACACACAGAAGCCGGCGGAGAUACAACUGGUGGUGAGGGUGGAACACCCGCCUUCAUUGGUUUCAACGCUGGAAAUGGUACACAAGCUUACGAGUACAAGCCGUAUUCUCAGAUGUCUACUUUGAGAGAUUUGACAAGCCGUGGGUGGGCUAAUGGCUUUAAAGGUCGUCACAUUUUUCGUAUUGAUGAAAAAAUUAUGCUUGGUACUUGUAAUAAAGAUAUAGCUGGUCCACACUUACCUUUAGUUUUUGCUCCUGAAAGUGGAAAUAUGCUUGGCGGUACUGUUGUUAACAUAACAGGCCCUUGUUUUGAAAAAACCGACAAAGUUCGCUGUUUAUUUGAUACAGUAGACGUCAUGGGUACUGUUAUCGAUAUAAAUCGUGCCAUAUGUGUUCAGCCUUUUGUGAAAGCUGAAGGAUAUAUUAGGUUUGCCGUAGCCGUUAAUAGUGGAACGUUUGAUUGGAAAGGAAAAUAUUUCAUAGAAACACCUGCAACAGCAACAGAGAAAAUAUUUUUUCAAACCCGAGCUGUGCACGAACGUGAUCCUCGAGAAAUUAAAAUAACAUGGAACGCUUAUAAUUUGACAAGUAAUUUAAAUGCUGAAGUACAAAUAUCUAUUUGGGGAUAUCGUGAGACAACAAUCCGCUCGGAAUUUGAAUACAUUGAUACUCUUGAGAGAGGAACAACAAAUACCGGAGAGUAUAUUAUAAUCCCAGCGUCAUAUCGCAAUCGUGAAAUGCCGUCUCAAUUAGACAUGCAGUUUGGGUUCAUCCAAAUAAAUUUAACAAACCCAAAGGAAUAUUAUGGCUUGGAAUUAACACCACAAUUAUGGAGUAAGCCAAUUCCUCUGGCAUGGUAUUUCGGUCCUCAAUGGGAACGUGCUUACGGCACUAAAUGGCCCCAAGAACUCUGUAAUGAGUGGAUAAAAAAUGAUCGAUACCUGAAAAAUUUUGCCGCUGAAGUUUCUCUGUGUCCUUGUAAAUUAGAACAUGCUCUUUAUGAUAAAGGCCGUUUUCUACCAGACUUGGACUGCGACAAAGAUUCGAACCCCGAAUGUUUCUAUAACUACGGUGCAAUACACUGCGUUAAAACAGGAACACCAAACUUAGAAGGUUCAGAGCAGCAAUGUUGUUACGACAAAAAUGAAUUCUUAAUGUUAUCAUAUGACCAGCAAUGGGGAUCUAAGCCACAACGUUCUCAUAAUCUUGGAUAUUUACCGUGGAAUGAAGCCAACAAAGUACCAAGUCUUUCACACUGGUAUCAUGAUGUCGUGCCUAUGUACACUUGUUGUCUGUGGCAAGAAGAACAAGCAGUGGGCUGUGAAACAUUGCGAUUUGAGAGAAGACCAUCUCAAGAUUGUAUUGCCUAUCAAUCACCUGCAGUCGCUGCGGUCUUUGGUGAUCCUCAUAUUGUAACCUUUGACAACGUCGCCUACACAUUUAACGGGAAAGGAGAGUUUGUUCUUGUACGGGUUAAUAAUGAAAAAGAUAAAUUAGAUAUACAAGGACGCUUCGAACAAGUUGGUAAUAAUUUUUAUGGUGAAGUCCGCGGGACACAAUUGACUUCAAUUGCAGCCAAAGGUAAUGAAACUGUGACAAUAGAAGUACGUGUACGACCACCCGUAGCACAAUGGCGUUACCGUCUGGAUGUUUUCGCUGAUAGCAAGCGUGUUUAUUUCGACAGACAUUCGUUAAAAUUCCAACACUUCCACGGUGUUGUUGUUUACACUCCAACGUAUAUUUUAAACCAAAGUGAAGUUAUAAUUAUGUUUGAUACGGGUGUUGGUAUUGAAGUUGUUGAAAAUCAGGGAUUUAUGUCUGCUCGUGUUUAUUUACCUUGGACGUACAUGAACAAAACGCGUGGAUUGUUCGGAAACUGGAGCAAUGAUAUUCUGGAUGAAUUUACAUUACCAGACGGCCGACAAGUACCGUAUGGUAAUUUAGAUAACUUUGAAACGGUACAUAAAGAUUUUGCGAUAAAUUGGAUCCUCGAAGAUAAAAUAGAUCCUCUAAAAGGAAAUUCAUUGUUCGUACGUGAAUUUGGACGGACUGCUAGUUAUUUUUCAAAUCGCACAUUUGUUCCCGAGUGGAGACGCCGCCCUGAAGAUUUUCUACCUGCAAAUCGAUCAGUCGAUGUAGAGCGCGCACGUGAAUUAUGCGGCGACUCUUAUCAAUGUCAGUAUGACUAUGCUAUGACGCUUAAUAGGGAUCUUGCACAUUUCACCAAAAAUUAUCAUGAUACUUUGACACAAAUCAAAGCGAUCAAUUCCGGACGUACUAUUUCCUGUGGAGUACUUGAGACACCAAGAUUUGGACGUAAAAGUAAUUUCUUAUUUAUACCUGGUACUAAAGUUACAUUUGAAUGCAAUCAAGACUUCGUGCUGAUAGGCGAUCAAAGGCGUACAUGCAUGCCAGACGGGCACUGGGAUAUUUCUGAGUACGGGUAUACUGAGUGUCUUCGUCAGAUCGAGUAUUCACAACGAACAGCCUGGACGACGAUGGGUAUCAUAAGCGCGGUAUUAAUUCCAGCCAUAGCUUUAAUGGCCGCAGUAUUCGUUUGCCUUAAAAAAAAUUCAAACCAAGGAAGUUCUACGAAAUCGUGGCGUUUUUCCGAACGAUCUGCACUUGAUAAUGACUCAUUUACGCGAUCAGUGAUACCACGUGAUAGGCCAAUUUCACCGGUUACACCGACUAGUGACUCGAGUACAAUUACUAACACAAGUGCAUGGAAACGCAGAAGUUAUGACAGGGUUUAUCACACACACGAACCAUUACCCAAUAGACCCGACAUUGAAUUUGAAGACAAAGAUUGGGACCUUAAAGAACCUAGUUUAGUUAGUGGUGAAGAUUCCACAGAUAAUAGAAAAACUGCCAGUCCCAGUAAAGAGAGCGAUGUUUAGAAAUAAAUCGAUUUAUUUGAUUAAUUAAUUGAAAAUUAUUUUAGUUUAAUUAAGGGGUCAUUCUGGUUCAUGAUCUUCAUGAUUUUUUUACACAGAAACUAUUAUAGAUACUAACAUAAAAUUUAUCCAGCUCAACAAAUACACUCUUCAAUAAUACUAAAAAUAUCUAAAUUUAUUUUUUUUCUAUUUUUUAUUUGAAUAAAUAACGAAUGAACGGAGCGACUUCAACAGUUGGUAUGUCGCUGACCUACAUGAUAACUUGAUAACGGCUCAUCUAAAAAACAAAAACCAAAAUUAUUUACCUUCAAUAUAUAAGUAGGCAUUGCACGAGCGAUGGAGAUUAAUUAAUAUUUGUUGAUAAAUAACAAAAUGACGGACAUUUAAAAGGAAAUUGAAAAAUGAAGCUUUUUUUCACUGUUUUUAGUCCUGAAAAAAAAGUAAAAAUCAAAAUUUUGAUUUAGUUAUAGCUGAUGCAAUAGCUACUACUAUAUAGAAUAUGUGGUUUGAAUUUCAUUAAGAUCGGGUCAGUGGUUCCGGAGAUAUCAUUUACGUAAACAAGAAAAACAUAGUUCUGAGAUAAACGCGUUUAAGGGAGUAUUCUGGUUUAGAAGCUUGAAUUGGAGGUAAUUUUUUAAGUAAAAAAAAGCAAUCAAUA